GACAGGAACCUGGAGCUUUUCCAUGUGGUUUCCAGCAUUGUGAAGCCGCAUCCCUACUGCCUAUGCCACUGUGGCCAAGCCUAAAUUGUGCUGGAGAAGAGAAACGAGUUGGUACACGCACAGUGUUUGUUGGCAAUCAUCUAGUUUCAGAAACAGAAGCUUACAUUGCACAAAGAUUUUGUGAUAACAGAAUAGUUUCAUCUAAGUAUACACUUUGGAAUUUUCUGCCAAAAAAUCUGUUUGAACAAUUUAGAAGAAUUGCAAAUUUUUAUUUUCUCAUCAUUUUUCUUGUACAGGUCACAGUAGAUACACCGACUAGUCCAGUUACAAGUGGACUUCCACUUUUCUUUGUUAUAACUGUUACAGCUAUCAAACAGGGGUAUGAGGAUUGGCUGAGACACAGAGCUGACAAUGAAGUCAACAAGAGCACUGUUUACAUUAUUGAAAAUGCAAAGCGAGUGAAAAAAGAGAGUGAAAAAAUCAAGGUUGGCGAUGUAGUAGAAGUACAGGCUGAUGAAACCUUUCCCUGUGAUCUCAUUCUUCUGUCAUCUAGCACCACUGAUGGAACCUGUUAUGUCACUACAGCCAGUCUUGAUGGGGAAUCCAAUUGCAAGACACAUUAUGCAGUACGUGAUACCAUUGCACUGUGUGCAGCCAGCUCCAUUGAUAACCUCCGAGCAGCAAUUGAAUGUGAACAGCCUCAACCUGACCUCUACAAAUUUGUUGGACGAAUCAAUAUCUAUAGUAAUAGUCUUGAGGCUGUUGCCAGGUCUUUGGGACCUGAAAAUCUCUUGCUGAAAGGAGCUACACUAAAAAAUACUGAGAAGAUUUAUGGAGUUGCUGUUUACACUGGGAUGGAAACUAAAAUGGCUUUGAACUACCAAGGGAAAUCUCAGAAACGUUCUGCUGUUGAAAAAUCAAUUAAUGCCUUCCUAAUAGUGUAUUUAUUUAUCUUAUUGACCAAAGCUGCAAUAUGCACUACUCUAAAGUAUGUUUGGCAAAGUAACCCACACAAUGAUGAACCUUGGUAUAACCAAAAGACACAGAAGGAACGGGAGACUUUGAAGGUUUUGAAAAUGUUCACCGACUUCCUAUCAUUUAUGGUUCUAUUCAACUUUAUCAUUCCUGUCUCCAUGUAUGUCACAGUAGAAAUGCAGAAAUUCUUGGGCUCCUUCUUCAUCUCAUGGGAUAAAGACUUUUAUGAUGAAGAAAUUAAUGAAGGAGCCCUGGUUAACACAUCAGACCUUAAUGAAGAACUUGGUCAGGUGGAUUAUGUAUUCAAAGAUAAAACUGGAAAACUGACUGAAAAUAGCAUGGAAUUCAUUGAAUGCUGUAUAGAUGGGCACAAGUAUAAAGGUGUAACUCAGGAGGUGGAUGGAUUAUCCCAAACUGAUGGACCUUUAACAUAUUAUGACAAAGCAGAUAAGAAUCGAGAAGAGCUCUUUCUGCGUGCCUUGUGUUUAUGUCAUACUGUAGAAAUUAAAACACAUGAUGCUGUUGAUGGAGCUGCAGAAUCACCUGAAUUAACCUAUAUCUCCUCUUCACCAGAUGAAAUAGCUUUGGUGAAAGGAGCUAAGAAGUAUGGGUUCACAUUUUUAGGAAACCGGAAUGGACAUAUGAGACUAGAGAACCAAAGAAAAGAAAUAGAAGAGUAUGAACUUCUUCAUACCUUAAACUUUGAUUCUGUCCGCCGACGAAUGAGUGUAAUUGUGAAGACUCAAGGAGGAGACAUAAUUCUCUUUUGUAAAGGAGCAGACUCAGCGGUUUUUCCCAGGGUGCAAAAUCAUGAAAUUGAGUUAACUAAAACUCAUGUAGAACGUAAUGCAAUGGAUGGAUAUCGGACUCUCUGUGUAGCCUUCAAAGAAAUUGCUCCAGAUGAUUAUGAAAGAAUUAACAGACAGCUCAUAGAGGCAAAAAUGGCCUUACAGGACAGGGAAGAAAAAAUGGAAAAGGUUUUCGAUGAUAUUGAGACAAACAUGAACUUAAUUGGAGCCACUGCGGUAGAAGACAUGCUGCAAGAUCAAGCUGCAGAGACCAUUGAAGCGCUGCAUGCAGCAGGCCUGAAAGUCUGGGUGCUUACUGGGGACAAGAUGGAGACAGCCAAAUCUACAUGCUAUGCUUGCCGCCUUUUCCAAACCAAUACUGAGCUCUUGGAACUGACCACAAAAACCAUUGAAGAAAGUGAAAGAAAAGAAGAUCGGUUACAUGAAUUGCUGAUAGAGUAUCGUAAGAAGUUGCUUCAUGAAUUUCCUAGAAGUACUACUAGAAGCCUUAAAAAAGCAUGGACAGAACACCAGGAAUAUGGAUUAAUCAUUGAUGGCUCCACAUUGUCACUCAUACUAAAUUCUAGUCAAGAUUCUAGUUCAAACAAUUACAAAAACAUUUUCCUACAGAUUUGUAUGAAGUGCACUGCAGUGCUCUGCUGCCGGAUGGCACCAUUACAGAAAGCCCAGAUUGUAAGAAUGGUGAAGAAUUUAAAAGGCAGCCCAAUAACUUUGUCGAUAGGUGAUGGAGCCAAUGAUGUCAGUAUGAUCUUGGAAUCCCAUGUGGGAAUAGGUAUUAAAGGCAAAGAAGGUCGCCAAGCAGCCAGAAAUAGUGACUAUUCUGUUCCAAAGUUUAAACAUUUAAAGAAACUGCUAUUGGCUCAUGGUCAUCUAUAUUAUGUGAGAAUAGCACAUCUUGUAGAGGAUUUCUUCUAUAAGAAUCUUUGUUUCAUUUUGCCGCAGUUUUUAUACCAGUUCUUCUGUGGAUUCUCACAACAGCCACUGUAUGAUGCUGCUUAUCUUACAAUGUACAAUAUCUGCUUCACAUCCCUGCCAAUACUGGCCUACAGUCUGCUGGAACAGCACAUCAACAUUGACACUCUGACCUCAGACCCCCGAUUGUAUAUGAAAAUUUCUGGCAAUGCCAUGCUACAGUUGGGCCCCUUCUUAUAUUGGACAUUUCUGGCUGCCUUUGAAGGGACAGUGUUCUUCUUUGGGACUUACUUUCUUUUUCAGACUGCAUCCCUAGAAGAAAAUGGAAAGGUAUAUGGAAACUGGACUUUUGGAACCAUUGUUUUCACAGUCUUAGUAUUCACUGUAACCCUGAAGCUCGCCUUGGAUACAAGAUUCUGGACAUGGAUAAAUCAUUUUGUGAUUUGGGGUUCUUUAGCCUUUUAUGUAUUUUUCUCAUUCUUCUGGGGAGGAAUUAUUUGGCCUUUUCUCAAACAACAGAGAAUGUAUUUCGUAUUUGCCCACAUGCUGUCUUCUGUAUCUACAUGGUUGGCCAUAAUUCUCCUAGUAUUUAUCAGUCUCUUCCCUGAGAUUCUCCUGAUAGUAUUAAAGAAUGUAAGAAGAAGAAGUGCCAGGGUGGACAUGGCCAUGGCCCUGCAGCGCGUGAAGAUCUCCAAUAAGUACGGGAGGAGCUACCUCUGCCUUCUGCAAGCGGUUUAUGUCGCAGAAACUGAGCUACUCAUCCGUGUAAAGGACAUAAGUCAUUUCUUAAUGCAAGACAUUGCCUUCUUGUCUGGUGGCCGAGGAAAGGACAAUGCUUGGAUCAUUACUAUUCCAGAAAACUAUAAUUUCAGAUGCAUACCAGAGGAAGUAAUAGCAAAAGUACUCACCUACCUGACGUCUAUUGCAAGGCAAAAUGGAUCUGAUUCCCAGUUUACGGUUAUUCUGGAUAGAAGACUGGAUACAUGGUCUUCUCUCAAAAUCUCUCUCCAGAAAAUCUCAGUUUCCUUCCCCGGGAACUUGCACUUGGUUUUGGUUCUACGUCCUACCAGUUUUCUUCAACGAACAUUUACAGACAUUGGAUUUCGAUUCAGUCAGGAGGAUUUCAUGCUCAAAUUACCAGUUGUUAUGCUGAGCUCAGUUAGUGAUUUGCUGACAUACAUUGAUGACAAGCAAUUAACCCCUGAGUUAGGCGGCACCUUGCAGUACUGCCACAGUGAAUGGAUCAUCUUCAGAAAUGCUAUAGAAAAUUUUGCUGUCACAGUGAAAGAAAUGGCUCAGAUGCUGCAGUCCUUUGGAACUGAACUGGCUGAGACAGAACUACCAGAUGAUAUUCCUUCAAUAGAAGAGAUUCUGGCAAUGCGUGCUGAGAGGUAUCAUGUGUUGAAGGAUGAUAUUACAGCUGUAACCAAAGAAGGAAGACUUCUGCUAACAAAUCUGAAAGUACCUGACACUGAAGAAACUGUCAGUUCAAGCCUUGAGUGUCAUCAUCAAAUAAAUGGUGACUGGCAAACUAUUAAUAAAUUGCUGACUCAAGUACAUGAUAUGGAAAUAGCUUUUGAUGGAUUUUGGGAAAAGCACCAAUUAAAAAUGGAGCAGUAUCUGCAACUAUGGAAGUUUGAACAGGAGUUUCAAGAGCUUGUGACUGAAGUUGAAUUUCUAUUAAACCAACAAGCGGAGCUAGGUGAUGCCACAGGGACUAUAGCGCAAGUAAAACAAAAAUUAAAAAAGCUGGAAAGUUUAGAUGAAAAUUCUCAGGAACUAUUAGCAAAAGCCCGGUUUGUGAUAUUACAUGGACACAGGCUUGCAGCAAAUCAUCAUUAUGCACUUGAUUUAAUCUGCCAGAGGUGCAAUGAGCUACGUUACCUUUCCGAUAUUUUGGUUAAUGAGAUCAGAGCGAAACGGAUACAGCUCAGCAGGACCUUCAAAAUGCACAAACUCCUACAGCAGGCCCGUCAGUGUUGUGAUGAAGGCGAAUGUCUUCUAGCUAAUCAGGAAAUAGAUAAGUUUCAGUCUAAAGAAGAUGCCCAGAAGGCCCUCCAAGACAUUGAAAAUUUUCUGGAAAUGGCUCUGCCCUUUAUAAAUUAUGAUCCAGAAACCCUACAGUAUGAAUUUGAUGUACUUUUAUCUCCUGAACUCAAGAUUCAAAUGCAGUCUGUACAACUCAAGCUUGAAAACAUUCGAAGUAUAUUUGAGACCCAGCAGGCUGGUUUCAGGAGCCUAACAGAUAAACAUGCGAGACCAAUCCAAAUUGUGGUACCUGCGUCCGAAAAUUUGGUCAGAUCUAGAGUACCAUUUUUUUCACCUAAACAUGUGGGAGUUGGAUACUCUUUCUUUCAAGCAUGUAGACUUUUUUCAAAAGGGAAGAAGACUUGGAGACAAAAUUAGAGAAAUUGGUUUAUUGAAGUGGUGCAUGAUUGUCUGGAGAAGAGAAAUCCUACCCAGCCUUCCAGUUUGAACAAUAACAACAGCGUGGAUAUUUUGAAGAACCAUGUCCUACACGAGCUGAUACAGACUGAGAGAGUGUAUGUUCGGGAGUUGUUUACAGUUUUGUUGGGAUAUAGAGCAGAAAUGGAUAACCCAGACAUGUUUGAUCUUAUGCCACCUCUACUAAGAAAUAAAAAGGACGUUCUCUUUGGGAAUAUGGCAGAAAUAUAUGAAUUCCAUAACAACAUUUUCAUGGGUAGUCUGGAAAAUUGUGCUGAUGCUCCAGAAAGAGUGGGACCUUGUUUCCUGGAAAGGAAGGAUGAUUUUAAUAUGUAUGCUAAAUAUUGUCUGAAUAAGCCCAGAUCAGAGACAAUUUGGAGGAAAUAUUCAGAAUGUGCCUUUUUCCAGGAAUGUCAAAGAAAAUUAAAACACAGACUUGGUCUGGAUUCAUAUUUACUCAAACCAGUGCAACGAAUCACUAAAUAUCAGUUACUAUUGAAGGAACUCUUGAAAUGUAGCAAAGACGGUGAAGGAUCCAAUCAAUUAAAGGAGGCACUUGACACAAUGCUGGAUUUACUGAAGUCAGUUAAUGACUCCAUGCAUCAGAUUGCAAUAAAUGGCUAUAUCGGGAACUUAAAUGAGCUGGGCAAGAUGAUAAUGCAAGGUGGAUUCAGUGUCUGGAUAGGACACAAGAAAGGUGCUACAAAAAUGAAAGACUUUGCUAGAUUCAAACCAAUGCAACGACACAUUUUCCUGUAUGAAAAAGCCAUUAUUUUUUGUAAAAGACGUGUUGAAAGCGGAGAAGGCUCUGAUAGAUACCCAUCAUACAGUUUUAAGCACUGUUUGAAAAUGGAUGAAGUUGGAAUCACUGAAUAUGUAAAAGGUGAUAACCGCAAGUUUGAAAUCUGGUAUGGUGAGAAGGAGGAAAUUUAUAUCGUCCAGGCUUCGAAUAUAGAUAUGAAGAUGUCAUGGUUAAAAGAAAUAAGAAAUAUUUUGCUGAAGCAACAGGAACUUAUGGCAGUUAAAAACCAAAAGCAACAGAAUCAGUUAACAGAACAGGAUCAAUUUUGUCCUCAGCAGAAUAAUGAAAAGCAGCAGGGAACUUUUAUAAGUGCUGAGGAAGCUGGAGCGGAACACACCAGUGCUAUGGUGGAGGUCAGUGAGGCAAUUGUGUCAGUUCAGGCAGAAGCUAAUACAGUGUGGACUGAGGUGACACAAUCCGCAGACAUCUCUGAAGACCCUGAGGAUUGGUCAAGCAACUGUUUCUACUCUGCUGAUGAUGACGACGACGAAGAUAGGCUCCCAAUGUAAUCUCCUGAGUUGAGCUACUAAGGAAAGCACAAAAAUGAGCAACACAAUGCAUUUCAUACACAUUCCCCCACCAGAAAUUGAAGUCGGGAUGAGCUGUUCUUUUGUCCUCAUUUUAUCAAGUCAAAACUUGGGAAAUAAUGGGUGCGGCUUCCCUAGAGACGCGUGUCAGAGACGCUCACCUCUUUUCAUGAAGCUACUCUGUCAGAUGGCAAGUAGCUCCUUCCUGCCUGCUUCCUGCCUGCUCAAAAGACAUUCUGCACAAAUGAUGUGGGUGUUGUUUUCAGAUGAAUUCCUUGGACAUACAAAGAAUCAAGAACACAUCAUUGUUUCUUUCCUUUCAUAAAAAUGAAUUCUGGUAUUUUUUAUUUUUAAAACCAUGUAUUCAAUGCGUAAGAAAUUGUGCUG